GCGAGCAAAUGCCGCCGCCGGUGCGGUGACGCCGAAACGAGCUCCACCACGGAAGAAGGCCAAUCGUAUGCAGCAGAUACCGGCUGGGACACUGUUGACCACGACACAAAAGAAACAGUGGAAGGUUGGCCCAUCGAUCGGAAGCGGAGGUUUCGGAGACAUAUACUGCGCCCACGACACGAGCGCGUCGACUCCGCGAUCUUUCGAUCACUAUCCAUUGGUGGUGAAGAUUGAGCCGCACACGAAUGGGCCACUUUUUGUAGAGAAAAGCUUCUACAUGAAGCAUCUACUGAAGGACGGUCUGGAUGACUAUCGCAAGCGACACAAACUAAAGCAUCUCGGGGUGCCACACUUCCUGGGCAGUGGAUCACAGGAGAUCGACGGAACCAAGUAUCGCUUCCUAGUGAUUCCGCGCUACGGCGAGAGUCUGCAGUCCGUUUAUCUGCGCAACGGUAAAAUGAUUCCCGUUCAUACGGUUUACCGGAUUGCGCUCCAGAUGAUCGACGUACUGGAGUACAUACACUCCUGCCAGUAUGUGCACGCGGACCUGAAGGCCGCCAACAUAACCCUAGGGUUCCGGGAGCAGGCAAGCGAGCAUGUGUUCUUGGUAGACUUUGGCCUCACGGCGCGGAUUGCUCCGGACGGAACCAAACCGGAUCCAAAGAAAAAGCACAACGGCACCAUCGAGUAUACGUCGCGCGAUGCUCAUGCGGGCCUCACAACGGUCCGUGGUGAUCUGGAAAUUUUGGCUUAUAAUCUGAUCGCGUGGGCCGGCGGUUCACUGCCCUGGGAAGCGCAACGGAGUCUGAAGGACAUGGCCAAAGUGGAAGCAAUGAAGAAGGAUUUUUGGGACGAUUUGACUGGUUCGCUGAAAAGUUGCUUCGCUGGCAAAAGCACGAACUUCAAGCCGAUCGAAAAAUACAUGAAACUGGUCGCUGGCUUGGGCUGUUAUGAAGUGCCAAAAUAUUCGACGCUUAGCAAAGUAUUCAAAGACGGCCUGGUGAAGCUCGGUGCACCGACCAAGGGGCCACUAGAAUUUGAUGAAGAAAAUUGAAAUGCAUUUUGUAUGAUCCGCUACAAGUCACACAAAGGAAAAUCUUCUCAAUUAAGAUUAGUGACCUUAUCCAUUGUUAUUAACUUAUUGCACAGAGCGUUCGCCAUGAUUAUCACAACCUAACCUAAAAAAUUAU